AUGCCGGCCACCACGGCAGAGACGCUGUCCCUCGUGACACGCACCGUCUCCGUGGCUCCCCUUGUUCUUCUCUCUGCAGCAGACCACUACGGGCGGACUGCCAAAGGAACCCGGAAGCGUGUUGUCGGAGUGUUGCUGGGCCAGAACGAUGGCACGAACGUGAGGGUAUCCAACAGUUUUGCGGUCCCCUUCGAGGAAGACGAAAAGGACCCUUCCGUCUGGUUCCUGGACCACAACUUUGUCGAGUCGAUGAAUGAUAUGUUCAAGAAGAUCAACGCCCGCGAGAAGCUUAUAGGAUGGUACCACUCGGGCCCGAAGCUGCGCGCGGCCGAUUUGGAGAUCAACGAGCUGUUCAAGCGAUAUACGCCGAACCCAUUACUAGUCAUUAUCGACGUGCAGCCCAAGGAAGUUGGUGUUCCGACGGAUGCAUACUUUGCCGUUGAGGAGAUCAAGGAUGACGGCACGACAACUUCAAAAACAUUCGUCCACACUCCAUCUAUAAUCGAGGCGGAGGAGGCGGAGGAGAUUGGAGUUGAACAUCUCCUACGCGAUAUCCGCGACGUCACCGUCGGCACACUCAGCAACAGAAUAACAGGCCAACUGCAAUCGUUGCAAGGCCUCCAUCUCCGCCUGCGCGACAUCGGACAGUACUUGCAAAAAGUGCUCGACCACGAGCUCCCCAUUAACCACGCUAUCCUGGGCAAUCUCCAGGACAUCUUCAACCUCCUUCCCAACCUCUCCACACCGAAAUCAGCCAACGAGCAAGCAAACGGGACGUCGACGAGCACGGACUCGGAUAUUGAGAAUAGCGAGCUUGUGCGUGCGAUGAGCGUCAAGACCAACGAUCAGCUGAUGGCCAUCUACGUCAGCAGCUUGAUCCGAGCCAUCACGGCGUUCCACGAUCUGAUCGAGAACAAGAUCCAGAACCGCCAGCAGCAGGAGGAACUCGAGGGGAAGAAGGAGGAAGAAGGGGUUGUUGUUGCCGCGGCUGGCAAGAAGGACGCGGGAGAACAGAAGGAUGAGAAGAGUCAGAAGAGGGGGUCAUAA